AUGAUUUACCAGCCGGGGGGAGCCACUCCCCGCCUCCACCCCGCGGACCUUGGAGCCGGGGCCUGGCUGCACUGUGGCUCCUCUCCACAGAAGAUGUUUUCCUUGGGGUCCUGGCUGCCGGCGCUGCCCGGGCUGGCGUGGGGCUGGGCACUGCUGGAUGCGCUGCUGCAAGGGCUGGUGGGUGCCUGCGCCGUCUCGGUGCUCUGCAGCCUCCUGAAGGUUUAUCUCUACAUCCAGUGUGCAAAUAACCCCGAGAGGCAGGCGGAGAAGGAGGUGAUGGCGGCGCGGCGGCCGCUGCUGGAGCCGCUGCAGGUGCUGGUGCUGACGGCUCUGCUGGCCCUGGUGGGCUCCCGUGUGGCCGCCCUGGUGGUGCUGGAGUUCUCCCUGCGCGCCGUCUGCACCAUCCUCUCCCUCGGCAAGGGCGCCCACAGCAGCCAGCUCUACCUGCUGUGCCAGUACUCCCUGGGCUGCGGCGUGUCCUGCGGCCUCACCUUCCUGCUGGAGGGGGCUCCGCACCGCACCUGGAACCUGGCGCUGGCGGCGGGGCUGGCGGGGCUGCUGGCGCUGCACGCCCGGCGCCUGGCCCGCCACGUCUGCGCCCUGUUCGAGCUGCACAGCCGGCAGCGCUACUGCGGCCUGUGCCUGCUGCUGCUGCCCGCGGGCCACGGCAUCCCGCGCCUGCUGCGCAACGCCCUGGGCCUCACCUUCGCCGUGGCCGACCUGGCCGCCGUGGAGCUCAUCAACCGCGAUUUCCUCUCCACGGGCGAGGCCGUGCGCUUCUGGACGCCGCUGAGCAUCUGCUACACCCUGCUGGUCGUCUACAUGCAGGAGGAGUCCCGGCAGAGCACGGGCAGGGGGGCGGCGUUCCGGACCGUGCUGGUGAGGAUGGGCGGCCUCUUCAUCCUCCUCCUCACCGUGGGCCGAUGGACCGACAUCCUGCACGUCUUGGUGUCGCUGCUGGGGGAGCUCUGGUGCCUGCUGCACUCCGGGGCGCUGCUGGAGUCCUGCUGCAGGCAGGAUUUUGCCCAGCAGCCUCGCCUGGAUCGUCGGGCAGGAUCCGGAUCGGGGGAGACGUCCCGAUGAGGAACCGGACAGCAGAAACUUGGGGUGGCUUUGCUGGGCACCCCAGCAUCCCCCAUCAUGGAUCCCCCGUGGGGACUGAGGAAAAAAGGGCUCCUGGACGGCGUCCAACCCCAAAAAGGGCUCCUGGACAGCGUCCAACCCCAAAAAGGGCUCCUGGACGGCGUCCAACCCCAAAAAGGGCUCCUGGACGGCGUCCAACCCCAAAAAGGGCUCCUGGACGGCGUCCAACCCCAAAAAGGGCUCCUGGACGGCGUCCAACCCCAAAAAGGGCUCCUGGACGGCGUCCAACCCCAAAAAGGGCUCCUGGAAGGUGUCCAACCCCAAAAAGGGCUCCUGGACGGCGUCCAACCCCAAAAAGGGCUCCUGGAAGGUGUCCAACCCCAAAAAGGGCUCCUGGACGGCGUCCAACCCCAAAAAGGGCUCCUGGAAGGCGUCCAACCCCAAAAGGGCUCCUGGACAGCAUCCAACCCCAAAAGGACUCCUGGACGGCGUCCAACCCCAAAAGGGCUCCUGGAAGAUGUCCAACCCCCAAAAGGGCUCCUGGAAGGCGUCCAACCCCAUCCCGUGGGAUGGAGGAGUUGGGGGGAAGGCUCACGUUGCCCCUGGUUUUUGGGGGGACUCUGCGAGGUCGCAGCACUGCUGGGGUUUGUCCUCUGGUCCCAGUGGGAUUGCAGGCUGCUGAUGGAUGUCCCAUCGUUGCUGGCAGCUGGGCCACACUGUCAGGGGCCUCCAGGGGUUAUAAAUCUCAGAAAAUAAAGGUGUUUUUUUUCCAGCAAAA